AGCUUGGUCCUCUUUCUUUUUUAACACCUUUUUUCUCUUGUUCCCACUCAUCACCUUUAUCUAAAGUUCUAUGCUAUGCCAUGUCUUUAAAACACUACUCCUGUAUCAAUCCCCUGAAAUUUCUACCUUCCAAUUACACACACUCAAAAUGGCCAAGGAAAAUUCUAUAUGCCUCUUGUUUCUCUCUUCUCUCUUAAUUUCAUGUUCUGGAGGAUCUCUGGUGGGUUUUUCCUAUCAUGAAAGAGGAGACACUUGGAAAGUUUCUUCAUCUCAGAGUCGAGUUUUCGUCACAGAUCAUAGGAUUUUGAGCACUCUCAUCACCAACUCAAACAUGUUAGUUGAUCUCUACUUAAACAGAAGCCAAGUUGAAAAUUUCAUUACUUCAAAACCUUCAGCGAUUUCGGAGCUUAAAGCUCAACUAGUGAACUUUCUUCCACAUGUAAACAUCAAAAGCAUCACUGCUAGCUGUGGAAGUGAGUGCUUAGUUCAAAAUGAGGUACCUUUAAUCAUGCAUGCUCUUAAAUCAAUUCAUAAAAUUCUCAGCGAUCUUCGCAUCGAUAGGGAAGUAAAAGUCUCAGUAGCAUUUCCACUUCAAUUCUUAAGGAAGUUGAGUACAUCACAGAAACACGAAAUUCGUAAGCUACUUUCAUUUAUUAAGAAAACGAAAUCGUUUGUGCUGAUAGAAGACAACAUUGAAGGAGAAUUAAGCAUGGGAGAUCAUUUUGUUCAAACUAUUAUCAAAAGCGCCGCUCUUGCUGCUUCUGUUCUUCCUUGCAAAGAUGUUCCUGUGAUUCUAACAAUCAAAAGCUCAAUUAUCACAAGUUCAAUAGAAGCAGCUCAAUUUAGUAAAAGGGUAUCCAAGUAUUUAGAAUCAAGAAGUUCUGUUGCAAAAAGAAUAGCUGCAUUAUAUGUAGAACUGCAUACAACAGAAGAUUUUUCAUGGAAAGAGCUCAAAAGGGAAAAAGAAGAAGUUUUUGCAUCCUCUCGACGAGAGAUCUUAAGCGAAUUCAUCAGAAGAAAAACUCUAGAUAACACAAACAGUCCAACAAACACAGUUUAUCCUCCUACUAAUCCAACACCAGUUAUCACACCCUCAGAUACACCAACCAUUAUAGCAGUUCCUUCAGCAAAUCCUGUCACAAUUUCUCCUACCAAUCCAGCUGCAAUGCCAGUAACAGUUCCUUCAACCACACCUGUUCCAUUACCACCAAUAAAUCCACCUAAUUCACCAGUACCAGUGUUCAAUCCAGCUACAACAGUUCCAGGUACACAACCAGUAACAAACCCUGUGACAUCUUAUUAUCCACCUCCAUCAGGUAAUGUUCCUGUCAUAAACCCUCAACAACCACCUGCUUCAAACACAAAUGCUCCUUCUAUUCAAGGGCAGAGUUGGUGUGUGGCGAAGUCCGGUGCUCCACAAGCUUCCAUUCAAUCAGCAUUGGAUUAUGCUUGUGGAAUGGGUGGGGCUGACUGUUCUCAGAUACAGCAGGGUGGGAGUUGUUACAGUCCAGUCACUUUGCAGAACCAUGCUUCUUUUGCUUUCAACAGUUACUAUCAAAAGAAUCCAGCUCCAACAAGUUGCGACUUUGGAGGCGCCGCAACCUUAGUUAACACAAAUCCAAGUGUUGGUUCUUGCAUUUUCCCAUCAUCGUCGUCGUCCUCAACACCAAUGAUAUCAUCACCAACACCACCUACACAAUCAAGUCCAACAUCAAUACCACCACCAAGUCCAACAACACUAUCACCAUCUAUUCCAACAACAGCUCCACCAUCAAUUCCAACAGCUCCACCAACAUCAUCUUCAGGAUCAGGAACAGGCACUUUCGGCUAUGGUGCCCCACCUUCAGUGUUAAAUUCAAGCAGCCCAGGAUCAGGUACAAUGCCUGAUUUUGGAUCCGAUAGCCCUCCCGUUGUGAACACAACCUCUGCCUCACACACUCUGAAACCUUUUACUGGCUGCAUAGUUCUUAUGAUUCCAUUUGUCACUGCAAGACUCAGCAUGCGCCGAUAGAGUUCAGAAUUCAGAAACAAGUUUUCAAUUUCGAUCAUCAUACUAGAUUAUAGCCAUACAUGCCGCGGUCUCAAGGUCUAUAGGUGUAGAAAGACAGCAGGGUAAGAAAGGAAGAAAAAAGUGUGUUCAUCCAUGUGCUGAAUUUAAGCAGCUUAGGUAAAGGAGAGGGAAUUAAUUGUUGCUUAUGGUGUUUUAGGUUGUACAAUAUAUUAUGGUCAAUAUUGGUCAGGUACAUAUAUUUUGGGAGUUUAGGUAGUUUUCUUUUGGUUUUUAAGGUACAGACCUUGGAUUAUGUAGUUCAGUGUAAAUUGGUCAGAGUUGUUUAGACAAUCCAUUUUCAUGAAUGUUAUAAUUUGAGAUUCUGUAGACUGAGACAUGUGCUCCUGUAUGCACAGAACACCUA